GUCUAUUCUUUAUACACAAUUCAAUAAUGCCUGCUUCUUGCAAAACUAUCUUGGCUUCGCGUGUGUCUGCUUCGUUUAGAGAUCAGAUCAAGCAAGAUAUCAAGGAAAGAAACAUUCGUCCUAAGCUUGUUGGCUUCCUUGCAAACGAGGACCCUGCUGCAAGCAAGUAUGCCGAGUGGACAGCAAAGACCUGUGCUGAGACUGGAGUGGAGUUUGAGUUGCGCAAAGUAGACAAGAACGACUUGGAAGAGAAGAUUACAGAAGCAAACGAAGACAAGUCUAUCAAUGGCAUCAUGAUUUACUACCCAGUCUAUGGUGGAAAACAAGAUCUCUAUCUCCAGAGCUGUGUCAGUACUCUUAAGGACGUCGAGGGUCUUUGCCACAAGUUUGUCUACAAUGUUUACCACAACAUUCGUUAUGUUGAUGAUAAUGAAACCAUGAAGUGUAUCAUUCCAUGCACACCACUUGCUAUUGUAAAGAUUCUCGAGUAUAUUGGUGUCUAUAACUCAGUCUUGCCUUAUGGCAACCGUCUUUAUGGUCGUACCAUUACCGUUGUAAACAGAAGUGAGAUUGUCGGUCGUCCUUUGGCUGCUUUGUUGGCCAACGACGGUGCAAAGGUGUUCUCGGUUGAUGUGAACGGUAUCCAGGUCUUCACCCGUGGAACAGGCAUCAAGCUCUCUGCCCACAAGGUCGAGGAUGUCGAUCUCAGCGUCGAGGAAGUCGUGUCCCAGUCGGAUGUUGUGAUCACAGGUGUUCCUACCCCAAAGUACAAGCUGCCUACUGCUUACCUUAAAGACGGUGUGAUUGCAAUUAACUUUUCUUCAUUUGCCAACUUUGAGGACGACGUCAAGACUCGUGCCUCUAUCUUUGUUCCCUCGGUAGGCAAGGUUACUGUUGCCAUGUUGGAACGCAACUUGCUCCGUCUUCAUGAUUAUCAGAACAACUUGACCGAGAAGACAGUCUAAGUAACAUUAGGCAACAGCAGCAGCAACAACAAAAACACUAUCGCCUACAUUAUCAUUAACAACAUCACCACAAACACUAUCAUCAUCAUUAUCAUCAAUUUGACCUUGGAGAUACUAUAUUUGUAUAUUGAAAGAAAGAAAGAAAGAUAAGACAAAAAAAAUACACCUUUCCAACAUAUCCGGUUUUUAAAAGAAAGUGAUAACAAAAGAAGUGUAAUAGAGAAAGAGGAAGAAAGAAAGACAUCAACACCUUGAAUAUGUUUAUUUUUUUUUCUCUUUGCUUUUGUAAAAUAAAUGAACAUAUAAAUAUCCCAACUUAGAAUAUAAACCAUUGAUUCCAUUUACUUUCUCUUUAUAUCUCUCUUAUUUGCUAAAGAAGUGUGCACAAAUACACAUACUCACACACAUAUGUGUACUUGUAAACUCUUUGUCUACCAAGCUCUUUUAUGUAUUGUAUUUAAAAUAAAAUCUUUAAAAAAAAGGAUGUGACUUUUUCCUUACAC